ACAUACAAUGGCGGACAGGCCAGCAUGGUGUUCUGACAUCGAUGGAGUUUUACUUGAUAUAUCGGGUGUUUUGUACGACAGCGGCGGUGAAGGUGAUGGAACACCAAUACAAGGAUCAAUUGAUGCUGUUAAAAGAUUGAAAGCAUCUCCUCUUAAGGUGAGAUUCUGUACUAAUGAGACCCAGUGUACUCGUCAGUAUCUUGUCGACAAACUUGUAAGAUUAGGAUUUCCGAUCAGCUUAGAUGAAGUCUUCUCCCCAGCUCCAGCGGCAUGUCAAGUCAUCAAACGGAAAUCUUUACAUCCCUAUCUGCUCGUUCAUCCAGAUGCAGUACCGGACUUCUCUGAGUUUGAUUUGACGUUACCACCCGACUGUGUUGUAAUCGGAGAUGCUGCCAAUGCGUUUACCUAUGAUAAUAUGAACAAGGCCUUCCAAGUUUUGAUCAGCCAAGAAAACCCUGUUUUGAUCUCCAUGGGAAAGGGACGUUACUACAAGGAGAAAGAUGGUUUGAUGAUGGAUGUUGGGGGUUUCAUGACAGCACUUGAGUUUGCAGCAGGAUGCAAAGCAGAAGUAGUUGGUAAACCGGAUCAGGGUUUCUUCCUUGGUGCUCUUCAAGACAUGCAGGUUCCAGUAGAAAAGGCAGUCAUGAUUGGAGAUGAUAUAUUAAACGAUAUCGGUGGAGCUCAAAGAUCUGGAAUAAAAGGAGUUCAAGUCAGGACUGGGAAAUUCAGACCUGAAGAUGAGAGUCAGUCUGUAGUCACACCAGAUGGGUUUGUAAACAACUUGGCGCAAGCUGUUGAUUUAAUACUCGGGAACUGAUUGACAUGCUGAUUGAGGUCUUGUGGUCUGACACCAUGCAACCAGUCCUGGUACUCCACGGAGGCAACAAAGGCGAUUGCCUCCAUGGUCCUGGUCAUUGCCUUGGUGCACUUGAAAUGCUCCGAUAGAAAU